CUUCCCCAUGGGUGGAUAAAAGCAGAACUCCUAACAAAAUAGAUCUGUAUGACGUACGCAGAAGACCAUGGUAUAUCCAAGGAGCUGCAUCUCCCAAAGACAUGCUGAUUUUAGUUGAUGCGAGUGGGAGUGUCAGUGGAUUGACACUGAAGCUGAUUCGCACCUCAGUCAUUGAGAUGUUGGAGACCUUGUCUGAUGAUGACUUUGUGAAUGUAGUUUCAUUUAACAAUAAUGCUCAGAACGUCAGUUGCUUUAACCACCUUGUCCAAGCUAAUGUGAGGAACAAGAAGAAACUGAAGGAAGCUGUGUAUAAAAUCUCUGCCAAAGGAAUCACAGAUUACAAAAAAGGCUUUAGCUAUGCCUUUGAGCAGCUGCUAAAUCACAGUGUCUCCAGAGCUAACUGCAAUAAGAUUAUUAUGUUGUUUACGGAUGGUGGUGAAGAAAGAGCACAAGAAAUCUUCCAUAAAUAUAAUGAAGACAAAAAAGUUCGUGUGUUCACCUUUUCUGUUGGGCAACACAAUUAUGACAAAGGACCCAUACAGUGGAUGGCCUGUGAAAAUAAAGGUUAUUAUUAUGAAAUUCCAUCUAUUGGAGCCAUAAGAAUAAACACCCAGGAAUAUCUGGAUGUUUUGGGAAGGCCAAUGGUUUUAGCUGGAGAGAAAGCCAAACAAGUCCAAUGGACAAAUGUCUAUCUGGAUGCUCUGGAGCUGGGCCUUGUGAUUACAGGAACUCUACCUGUCUUCAAUCUAACAAAGGAACAAAAUGGGAAAAUCAAUCAGCUGAUCCUUGGAGUAAUGGGAGUUGAUGUCUCUUUAGAAGAUAUCAAAAAAUUGACACCCCGAUUUACACUUUGUCCAAAUGGAUACUAUUUUGCAAUCGAUCCUAAUGGGUAUGUGCUACUUCAUCCAAAUCUCCAACCAAAGCAAAUUGGUGUGGGCAUACCAAAAGUUAAGUUGAGAAAAAGGAGACCCAAUGUACAGGUAACUUUGGAUGGAGGUGAUUAG